AUGGAAGGCAACAGUAGUAACAGUGCAGUAGGCAGAGCACUAAUGCAAAUACCUCAACUUUCAAGCAAGUCGUCCAAAUUCUCACCGGAUCCGCCGACACAGCCAAACAAGCCUCCUCCCCAAGAUCCUCUGCCACCGCCGCCAGCGAUGAGGGGCAGCACCCAUUUCCCCAUUCCUCCCAUCAGAAGCAUACCUAACAAGAAACAACAGCAGCAGCAACUCUACGAGAGGAGGAGCAACAACUUCAAGCACCGUAGCCUCAUGAUCAACACUCUGCUUCUGGGCGCCGGACGUUUCGGCUUCCAUUCCAAUCUCAUCUCGUCUUCUUCCCCUUCCUCCGCCUUCGUUGCGGAGAUCUUGUCGUCGAGCUUGCUGGAUUUCCCCAAGCUUACGCUAAGCCACAGUAACAGCAGCUCAUCCUCGCCGUUGGAGGAGGAAGACCGGGCGAUUGCGGGAAAGGGAUUCUUUCUGCAUCUCUCUCCGGUGUCGACCCCGAGAGAAUCCGAGCCUCAGCUGCUGAAUCUAUUCCCUCUGACGUUGCCGAGGGCAGAGGAAUCGCAGCCCUGA